AUGGUGAGUGCAACGGGCCCGCGACUUCUUGCCCGCCGCAGUGCCAGUGCGCUGGCCCGAGUGCCGCUGCGAGGGCCAGCAGCACGCGUGGCACCCCUCUCGGCGUCCUCUCUGCCCUCUGCGCGGCGAUCCCCGAGGAGUCCUGCGUGGGCUAUAAAGCACGCUGCGCUGCUCCAGCCCCGGCACUGCUCGACCGUCCCCGGCACACGACAUGGCCACGAUCCGACCGAUUACCGCCUGCCGACCAACGUCGCGCCGACGCACUAUGCGCUCACCGUCUGGACCGACCUCGUCGCCAGCAAGUUCGGGGCAUCCCUCGACGUGAAGGAAGAGACGGACACGAUCGUCCUCAACACCGCCAAGUCCGUCCUCGGCGACGUCGCCCUCCGCCUCGACGGCGCGGCGGCGGCGCAGGCCGCGACGGCGCGCGAGUACGACGCGAAGACGCAGCGGGCGACGUUCACGUUCGCGGCGCCGCUGCGCAAGGGCGCGAAGGCGCGGCUGUCGGUCGCGUUCGCGAACGAGCUCGACGCGAGCCUCAUGGGCUACUACCGCUCCACCGGCGGCGCGGACGGCCGCACCGUCUACGCGCUCACCCAAUUCGAGCCGACCUCCGCGCGCGAGGCGUUCCCGUGCUGGGACGAGCCGCUGCUCAAGGCGACGGUCGCCGUCACGCUCGUCGCGCGCGUCGGCACGACGAGCCUGAGCAACAUGCCCGCCGUGUCCGAGGCGCCGUUCCCGGACGCGGCGGUCGAGGAGCCGUGGAUCGCGGAGAAGGUCAUGAGCCUCGCGGACCCGAGCGAGUGGAAGGUCACCAAGUUCGCGACGACGCCGCCGAUCUCGACGUACAUCAUCGCGUACGCGAACGGCCCGUUCGAGUACCUCGAGGACUCGUACACCAGCCCGCUCAGCGGCAAGGUCCGGCCCCUCCGCAUCUAUGCGACCGCGGACAACAUCGGCCAGGCGCAGUUCGCGCUGGACAUCAAGCGCAAGGUGCUCCCGCUCUACGAGCAGGUGUUCGACAUCGAGUACCCGCUGCCGAAGUUGGACACCCUCGUCGCUAGCGACUUUGACUCGGGGGCCAUGGAGAACUGGGGCCUCAUUGCGGGAAGGACGUCGGCGUACCUGGUGGACCCGAAGUCCUCGGACUUGCGCUCGAGGUGGUCCAUCGCCACCACGCAGAGUCACGAAGUAGCGCACAUGUGGUGGGUGAAACCCCCCGCAUCACAGGAAAUCCACCACUCAUACCUGGAAUGCAGGUUCGGCAACAUCACGACGAUGAAGUGGGUCUUCCCGGAGUGGCAGCUCGACUCAGAGUUCUUAACCACAAAUUUCUUUGAUGCGCGAGGGCUGGACUCGAAGUUGUCUUCCCAUCCCGUUGAGGUCCCGUGCCCGGAUGCGAGCCUGAUUAACCAGAUCUUCGAUGCUCUCUCGUACGCCAAAGCCGCCUCUGUGCUUCGGAUGUUGUGCAGCUAUGUUGGAGAGGAACACUUCCUCAAGGGCGUUUCGAUCUACUUGAAGAAGCACAAGUACUCCAACAGUGUGACGGAGAACCUUUGGGAAGGGAUCCAGGAGGCGACAGGUACGUGGGACGAUAUUGGCUACCCGGUCGUCACUGUCACAGAAAAAGAGGGCGGCAUUCACGUCCGUCAAGACAGGUUCCUAGAGACUGGCCCUGCCGACCCGAAGGACAACGAGACUAUAUGGACCAUCCCGCUUAGUCUGGUUACGGUCGGGGCGGACGGCAAGGCCACAAUCAACAGGGAUCUCAUCCUCGAUCAGCGCGAGCUUUUCAUUCCACUCGACGCCAGCCUGCCGUUCAAGCUUAACGCCGACACUACCGGAUUCUUUGCUACUGCAUACUCUGAGGAGCGUCUCGCUAAGCUCGGAGAGCAGGCCGCGGCCGAGAAUUCACCGUUCUCUCUGUCGGACCGGAUCGGUCUCGUCUAUGACGCGCUUGCCCUCGCCAAAGCCGGGUAUUCCUCUGUCACCGGUGCGCUGGAUCUCAUCGUGGGUCUCAAGAAUGAGAAGAACCAUUUGGUGUGGACUGCGAUUGCGACCAACCUUUCUGGCAUGGUCUCCACGUGGUGGGAGGACCAGUCCGUCGUCGACCAGAUGAACGCGCUCCGGCGGGAACUGUUCGUGCCAAUCGUCAAGGAGCUCGGCUUCAAGUACUCAGAACAGGACUCUUACAACGUCACCAAGAAACGCACCGAAGCCAUCGGCCAGGCUGCUGUCGCCGGUGAUCCAUGGGUCGUCGGCGAGCUCAAGUCCAUGUUCGAGAAGUUCAUUGCGGGCGACGACUCCGCGCUGCCGGGAGACCUCUUGCCCAUCGCAUUCCAGAUCGGCGUCAAGGAGGGCGGACAAGCCGAGUGGGCCGCGGUGAAGGCGAUCGCGAACGCGCCAAAGAGCCCGUCGCAGGGUCUCGCCGCCAUGCGUAGCAUGGGCGCGAGCAAGAACCUAGCCAUCGCCGCAGAGACGUUCCGCUUCAUCCUCGACGGCGCGCGGGACCAGGACUCGUUUUACUACGCCUCCGGGCUCUCGCGCAACUUCACGACGCGCCGGUGGGUGGUCGAGAAAUUCAAGGAGAACUACGAUGAGCUGUACAGGCGCAACUCGGGCACGUUCGGGCACAUCCGGUGGAUCCAGAUCCUCUUCGGUCCGCUGUCGUCUCACGGGGACGCUGAUGCCAUCAACGCUUUCUUUGAGGGCAAGGAUACCUCCAAGUUCGACAUGGCGCUGAAGCAGAGCAUCGACACCAUCAAGUCUCGCGCGACGUGGGUGGCGCGUUCGACGGACGAACUCAAGGGCUGGCUCAAGAAGAGGGAGUCCAAGUAG